AUGGCCGCGAGCCUGGGUAGUUUUCCCCAUGGAUGGAACGUCAACACCAGCAAUGUUGCUCAAGCACGAGCAUCAGCGCCAGCACCAGCACCAGCACCGACACCAGCAACGGCCCAAGCACCGCCGUCGCUCGCUCCUGGGCCGCUCGAGGCGCGCGAGGGCCCCGCUCCCGCUCAAUGGCAGGCGGUGAAGGACGAAAUCCGCGUGCUGUACGAAAAGAACCCCUUGCGAGAUGUCCGUAAGAUUAUGGAGAGGAAAUACGGCUUUAGAGCUACUGAGCGCAUGUAUAAAGCCCGGCUUUCGCAGUGGGGAAUCAGCAAGAACUACUCCGACAAGGACUACCAGAUAUGCUCGGUGCUCAACCACUACCGCCAGAAGAGCGGUAAGCGGUCGACGGCCUUCAUGAUACAUGGCCACAAACGCUCGCUCAAGGACCUCCACAAGUACGUCAAGGGCCGGAAGAUGACCGAAGAGGACUUCCUCGCAUCUGCCCUAGCCAAUGUCGACUGUAAAGGCGGAGACCAGCACCAGCAGCCCGAGCAGUACGCCCAUGUUCGAGCGUACACUCCCGAGCCCGAGGUCGAGGCGGACGACACGCCAUCGGCGUCGUCCGCUCCAGCGAAGGUCCGACCGGCAGACAUCAUUGCCAACAUCAAUCUCAGCCUCAAUGCAAACAUCAGUGCGGCCGAAUCCUCACCGACUGGCACGGCGUCUGACUCCGUGGCCGCCUCAGGAUCAGCCUUGCAUUCCACAGCCCCCACCUCGACCUCCAUGUCCAUCUCCGCGCUCCCGUCUUCUUCCGCGUUCACCACCAUCCACCACGGUUCGCCCACCUUGCAACAGAAGGCCCGAUCACCCCGCGCCACAGCCUCGCCAUCCUUUCCUCUGAUGCUUGCCACUCAGAUGACACCAUCUACGCAGCAGCAACAGCAUCAUCUGGGACAAGGUAGUCGGUUCGCGUCUAAAGAAAGCAACGUCACGUGGCCGCCACAGCCGAACUCCCCCCACUCGUCACGCGGCGGGUAUUUGGUAUCUUCACCCCAAGGCACGCCCUCAUCCUACACCUUCUCUGCCACCCAUGAGCCGCCCGUGCCGUUCGAAGACCAGGUCCGCCAUGCGAGCAGCUUCUACGACUCAUCCAGCCCCACGAUGCCCUGCCGGCGGCUCGGGCGCGACGUCGAGUUCAUGGCCCUGCAGGUCAUCGACGCCCCGCCGCUGCGAUCGCUGUGCGGCCACGACGACAUCCGCGCCUGGUCCCUCAUGAUGACAGACAGCAGCAGUAGAACCAGUAGCGCCUCCUCCGACGGCGACAGCAUGGACUACGAGCAGAUCUGCCCGACGUGCCACGAGUCGACGCGCGAACACUUCAUCAGCUUGCCAAAUCUAGAGAUGGCGCCGGCGCCGGCGCGUAAUAUCCUCAACGUGACGCAUGACUUCGCCGAGCCCCAGCCCGCGAUGGCCAUGGCCCUACCCACCAGUUCCCGUGGCCACGACCAUUCGUGGCGGUGGGUGGCGCGCUGCUUCGCCGCGUGCAUCUACCUUCGGCGAGGGAACCAUGCAUUAUCGCGACACAGCCUGGCGGAUGCGGACGCCGAGUUCGAACGUAUGCUCGCCCCACGCCAGGACCCGAAGGUCCUCCUUGCGCUCAACCAGACGGUGCAGAUCCUCCAGAUGCACGACCAGGGCGACCUGACCAAGACGAUCAUCACAUCAGCGUACCACGUGGCCAUGCGCACACUAGGGCCCCAGGACCCCGUCACCACCAUGGCGCGCUGGAUGGUCUACGUGGCGGAUGGGCAGAUGCGGCACCGCGACAUCACGAGCACGACGCUCCGCGCCCUGCACGACACGUUCGUCCGCCGCCACGGCGCCGACGACCCCCGCGCCAUCGCCUCGCUGUACUGCUACGGGUUCAUGCUGAACGUAGAGGCCCAGCCGCAGCGCGCCGAGCACGUGCUGCGCGAGGUCUACGAAGUGUCGGCCCGCGUGCUGGGCCCGCGUCACCUGCAGUCCAUCUCGGCGCUCACGAACCUGCACCGCGCCCUGCACAGGCAGGACCGGCUGGACGAGGCCGUCGACGUGUUGCAGCACGCGAUCCGCGACUCCAAGGACACGCUGGGCGAGAAUCACCCGCGUCGGCUGGAGAGCAUGCGUCUCCUCGCCCUGCUGUACAAGCAGCAAGGUCGGCUCGACUGGACGGAGCAGCUGUACUGGCAGGUGCUGGAAGGGCGGGUCAAAAUGCUCGGCAAGAACCACGCGUACACGCAGGGCAUAAAAAUCGACCUGGAAACCCUUUUGAAGGAGAUGGGAAAGUGGACUGUCAGGAGGAGAAGCCGGAGGAGCAGGAGCAGGAGUACCAGUCUGAAUCGGACUAGGAGCGCGAGUAGGGGCAGGAAUAGAACCACUGUUCGAGCAGCUGGGUUAACGGCUAGAAGCGGGAGAGACGAUGGACUCGUCCAGGAAGAGGGGGCAGAAGUCGAAACUGAAAGUGAGGCGCAGCUCCGCAUCCAGGAUAUCUUCGAGUGGGAUCCGCACGAGCAGUGGGACGAGACGCGGAGUGAGGGCGGGGACAGCGACGGGACGGGAAGUCAGCACGAAGCAUUUUAG